AUGGAGGUCGACGGGGACGAGGACGGCGGUCCCGGGCGGCGCCAGCGGCCGAAGGCGGCGCGGUCGGUGCCGAAGGGCGGCGGAGGGGGGGGAGCGGCGCAGGCGCUGCGUCGGGCAAGGAGCGUGCCGGUGUCGGGUGUUUUGCGGACGCCCGGUGGCCCGGGGGGGGCGGUCAGGGCCGCGAGCCCGACGGCCAAGCGCACCCGCGCGCUGCCCGCCGUCGAUGAGCGCGGUGGCGCGAGUGAGGGGGCGACCCCAGAGCCAGGGGGGGGGUCUCCAGACACCCCACCUUCGUCAGACAGCAGCAGUGAGGGCGCGGAGACCCCGGGCGGGCGGCUCCUCGCGCGUCUCGGUUCGAAGAUCAUCCGCGGCAGUCCUGAGCGCAUGCGUGCGGCGAAGAACCGCGCGGCCGCGAGCCCUGACGCCACCACCGCAGCAACUCCCCCCCUCUCACCAAAACAGCAGCACAGCCCCGCCGGGGACGCGCCCCGCGACAUCGGCACGAAGACGCAGCGGCCCCGCCGGUCCGCGCUCGCGCGGCACGCCUCGGCGCCUUCGCAGGGCGGCAGCGCCGCGGCCGCCGGCAGCAAGCGCGGCCGCGAGCCUCCGCGCACGAAAUCCAACCUCCGCGUGCAGUUCGCGUCGCAAGACGAAGUCAUCGAAUUCGUCCCGACGCAGGACGAGCCAGCGGUCGAGGAGGCGCGGCCGGUGCGGGCCGGCAGGGCCCGCGAGGAGCCCCACGUGGGUGCGCCAGCCAGCGCAGACGAGAUGUCAUCGCGCGGCCACGUCGAGGAGAUGAUGGGGGACCUGGGCUUCGCGAUGGCGGGGAUCGACGGCGCGGGCACGCCCGCGGCGCAGGCGCGCAGUGCCGCGCGCGUCGUGUCGCUCUGCGCGACGCGGCAGGGGUGUUUUGCUGCUGCGCGGGCCGGACUGCUCAGUCAAGUUUUAGCGAAGCUGUCGGCGGCGCUGGCGCGCCGUCCGUCGCCCGCGCUGCGCACAUACGCUGCGCUCGCGCUGCUUGCGUGCAGCAAGGAGGGAAUCGACCCAGCGGUGCUGGCUAGCGACGCCGCGUUGUCCAUUCUUCUCGCCACGCUGCGCUGGGCCGACGCGGACGCAGACGGCCCCGACGCGCCGGUCACGAACGACGACGAGGUACGGCCGCUGCUGGGACGGUCGAGCCUGGGCCGCGGCGCCAUGCUCGCGAUCGGAUCGCUUCCGAAGUCCGCAGCCAGCGGCGAGGCAGAGAGCGCGCCGCCCUGCAGCCCUGCCGCCGCGCAGCGCGCGGCCCUGGUCGCGUACGGGUCGGUACUGUCGCCGACCUUCGCGUCGGCGAGCGCGAGCGCCGCCGCGGCCACGCGCGCGGAGCGGAGCGGGCGCGCGCUGCGUGAAGCGCUGCCGCAGUCAGGCUGCCUCGCGGCCGCCGUGGCGCUCACGCACAGCGAGCUCGCGGCGACCCUGGAGGGUCUAGCCGCUUCGGGCUCCUGCCAGCUCGGUUCCGCGCCGGGUCGCCUCGGAUUAGUCGAGUCAGGUCUGACACUCAUAGAACACGCAGUGUUCCUCGCGGAGACCGGGCGCACCGCGGUGCUGUCUGCGGCCCCGACGGCCUGCACGAUCACGUGCGACGCGGCGGCGGCGCCGCUGCCGUUCGUCGUCCGCCGGCCGGUGCCGCGGGCGAGUUCUGCUGAUGACGACGCGCCACCGACGUUCCCUGCGCUGCUGACGACGGCCGUGGCGUGGCUGACGUCGGCGAUCGAGCGGGACGAGCGGCACGUCGCUGCGGCGCGCCGGACCGUCUUCGCGGCGCUGCACGUCCUCACGAAUCUCACGAACGGCCACGAGGGGGCGUGCAGUGCUGUGGCGGCGCACGGGGGCGUCGAGACGCUGCUGGCGUGCCUGUGCGCGAGCUGCGUGGACGCGGGGCGCGAGGGCGGCAGCCCUGCGCAGUGGCGGUUCUGUGCCGGCCGAAUCGAGGAGAUUUCCUACCAUCUUGCCCUUUUGAUAAAUAUAGUCGCGGAGGACGCGCGAACCUGCGCCUCUGUGGCGACGAUGGAGGUGUUCCGGCGCGAGGAGGGGCGUGCGGACAAGCGCGGAUCCGCGGGGCGCGUUUCGUCGCCCUCGCGGCGCAGCAGCCGAGGGGGGAGUGAUGCAGGACUCCCCACAUGGCUGACGCAGGCUGGCGGGGGCACGCCCGGCGACGCCGGCGGGGCGCGCGAGGAGCAGGAGCGCGUGUGCACCGCUGUGGAGAUGCUUGGGUGGCUGUUGGCGCGGGCAUCGGAGCUGGACGCCGGAAGCAGCGCACAUGGCGACGGCGGACGCGGGAGGGUGAGGGCCGGGCAGGCUGAUGAGGUGACGGUGGACGACGUGGACGACAGGCACGCGCAGGCGAACGCGGGGAUGGUCGCGGGGUACGCGGCGCUCCUGCUGGGGCUCGUCGUGUCGGGCAACGCGGAAGCGCAGGAGGCGGCGGCGACGAUGCUCCCGGGGGGGAGUCUCAGGCCCAUGGUGGUGCACGUGGCCGAGAUGCUGGCGUUCUACCGGAAGGCGGGGGCGAUCACGGAGGAGACGGAGGAGCGGAUGCGGGCGGUGGUGCGCGAGGGCCGGCGGUACGAGCUGCAGGCUGGGAGGCAGAUAUAG